CCUUGUAUUAAGGGCGGUACUAGGGGCCGUGGUUGCUUUUGAGAGCGCAGCGCUCUUCCUCAGUUAGUUUUCUCUGUUGUGAUCGGUUGGCGCCGUAGACAUCUUCUUUCUGGUUCUGCGCCUGCUGGCCUCCGACGCGGGGCUUGCCCUCUUUCCUCCCGGCUCAAACUCUGUUACUAUUAGUUCGCACUGUACGCUGAGUGAUGCUGUUACGGGGCUCUGGAACUACGGGACCGUGGGGGUGGCUGACGCUGCUCCUGGUAGCUUGCGCAGUAUGGGCCUCCGAAAUCACUUUCGAGCUGCCUGACAACGACAAACAGUGUUUUUACGAGGAAAUUGUCCAGGGUACUAAGUGCACCCUCGAGUUUCAGGUGAUCACUGGAGGUCAUUAUGAUGUUGACUGUCGGUUGGAAGGUCCUGAUGGUGCUGUAUUAUACAAAGAGAUGAAGAAACAAUAUGAUAGCUUCACAUUUACUGCAUCCAGAAAUGGAACAUACAAAUUCUGCUUUAGCAAUGAGUUCUCUACUUUCACACACAAAACUGUGUACUUUGAUUUCCAGGUUGGAGAAGAUCCACCACUGUUUCCUAGUGAGAACAGAGCAACUGCACUUACUCAGGUGGAGUCUGCGUGUGUUUCAAUUCAUGAAACUCUGAAGUCUGUCAUUGAUUAUCAGACUCAUUUCCGGUUGAGAGAAGCACAAGGCCGCAGCAGAGCAGAGGAUUUAAACACAAGAGUAGCCUAUUGGUCAAUAGGGGAGGCAAUGAUUCUUCUUGUAGUUAGUAUUGGGCAGGUAUUUCUCCUCAAAAGCUUCUUCUCAGAUAAAAGAACCACAACAACCCAUGUUGCAUCAUAACUGGUAAUGAUAAUGCUUCAGGUCAUUGUGCUAUUCACUUGUGAAAUUACCAGUCUCCAAUUAAUUGUAAGUACAAGGAACUAUAUAUAUGAAACAUUUAAAUAUCUACCCCUCCUCAUUGAUUAAAAUUGCAAAACAUACUCCAAAAGUUAUGAAAGGGACACCCAAUUUGAAAUAUAGAGUAAACUUAAUGUUUUAUGAUACUUGUAUUAAAUAUCUGGCAAUGGCCAGCCUCUCUUUGGUUUUGCUGAUUUUAAUCCAAUUUGGGUUUAACUUUACUGAUAUGAUUACCCAUCUGUGCUAUAGUACUUUAAAAGAAUUCACCAAUCUAGACUCUGAUGUGAAAGACAAUACUCAUGAACAUUUGAUUUGACUUUAAUUUUUGGGCUGAAUAUAUUUGAUUUGUAAGCUAAUGUGAUGAACUGUAGUUGUGAGAUGUAUUGCACUGUUCUGAUUUGCUGUAAAAAAAAAAUAAUUAUAUCCUUUGCUUAUCUGUAAAACUGUUGCAAACUUGAUACUACAUAAUGAUGCAAAUUCUCUACCUGCCUGGUAAAUCUCUACCUUCAAAACCUACUAAAUUUUAUAAUUGAGUGUAUUUGCUUAAAUACAAUUUUCUACAUUAAAAUAUAAUGCAUUUCCUUUUUUACAAUGUUUUACUAAACAACUUCUAAACUGAGACUAUUUGAGAAAUGUGCUUUCUCUAUUCAAAAAUUUUAAAUCUCCAAGUUGUUUUUAAAAAUGCAAUAAAAUGGGGAAUAUUUUAACUUUCUUACUGAAGCUAUGCAAUCUCUCUACUUGUGCUGCUACUUGUUUAAGACCAGAGAUAGUUUGUUUUUUAUCAAGCACUACAGCACCAGCACCAGUUAUAUUGCAUCCAUUAGGCACAUGCAAAGCUUUUAAUUAAAUUGUUUUCCUAUUAAGAAGCCAAUUUAAUACUAAUACUGCAUUGUGUGAGUGCUGCGUACUUUAUUUCUCUGUUUGGUGCACUGAUACAUUAUGACCUUGUGCAUGUAAUUGCUGUUCUUUUCCGUUAGUGGUCAAAAAUGUUUUAAAUGUUUUGUGGUAUCUUUUUGGCAGAUUUGUAGCUGCAUUGCUUCCACUGUUCAUGUCUUUAGUUCAGGUAUUGUAAUAAAAUCUUGUUUUAUUUGGAUGUUGAAGAUAGUAAACAUUUACAUACAAGUAGCUUUAAUUGAGCUACUCAAAAUAAGGAUAAACUUGUUCAGAUGGUUCUGGAGGAAUAAAUGAACUUGGACCCAUUUUUAAGUACACACAAACAAAACUAAGAUUAAAAAAUUGAGUUACUAAUUCUAAUUAAAAAAUACUCCACUUAAACUAGUUUUCAGGAAGCAAAGAAUGCUAAAUUCUCAUUAAUUGCCUAUAUUAUUUUCCAUUAAAAAAUUGACAGGAUAUACACGUGCACUUGGACACUGAUGACCUAAGAUGACUUUAAAAUGGUGUGGUAGUUAAAAAAAAAUACUUCUUAUCUCUUUUGUAAACCGAUAACCUACCCUUUCAGAACUGAAGAAAACAACUUUAAGACUUCAAAAAUUAGUUAAAAGGUCACAGGGGUAAUAAAAAGCUUAAUAUUAUAUUCAGAAUAAUGUAUAAUGUCUUACUAUCUUGUAUUGAACUUGCAGUAUUGCAGUUCCAUUUUUGAGGUACAAGCUUCCCUGAAAUUGUAACAGAAUCUCAAAGAUCAAAACUCAAAAACUAGUGCUCUCUUUUUAUGCCUGCACACAAUGUUCUUGAUUGUACCUAUAUGCUUUAUCCUUAUGUUUCAGCAAAUGAUCCUCAGGUUUUUGUUUUUUUUUUUUUCAUUUCAUUACAGAAAUGGUAAUGAAGGGUAAUUUAUCUGACACUAGCAAUUUAGGUGCUAGAGUCAGAUAAAAACAUGAUAUAAUUUUUAUAGUAUCCACUAUAAUCUUCUGAUGCCUGAAUAUCACUUGUUGAGUAGCUUUAAUCACACACAAAAAAAUUUGUUUCAAAAAUGGAAGUGGUUUUCCACUAAGUCAACUCUGUGUACUGUCAAACUUAGUAAACAAUGGGGUAAACAAAGUAUUAUCUGACUGUGGCAUACAUGUCUCUAAUUUUUUUAUAAAUAUUUGAAUUUGUUGAAUGGGGCUGUUUAGAUCAAUAUUAUUCCUCCUGAGGUUUAGCGGACUUGAAUUUUGCAUUGAAAUUAGGUAUGUGAACUAAACCUCUGGUAUAAUGCUGUAUCAUCUGCAGCAAUAGCUUAAAAAGGCCUUUAAUCUGGGGUUAUGAAAAAUAUGCUACACAUUUGAAAAUUUUGUAUAUUUUUUAAAACAAGUGAUUGGAUAGGAUAUAAUAAAACACAUGCUACCACUUCAAUACGAUAAAAAAAAAUCAUAAAGCAUUUAUCUUUUUUUCUUAA